AUGUCAGAUGAAAGUCUAGAUAUUGAUGACACGAAAAACGCGGGAAGCUCUAGCGAUGAAAAUGGUUCCGUAGAGACCUAUUCAGGUGAAUACGAACAAGAAUAUUCUGAAUAUGAACAAGACGCUGAUCCGUUGGAUAAGUUAAGUGACGCGGAAUUAGUAAAUUUGUUGGAGAAUUCAGUUUUUAUGGAUUUCCUCAAAAACUACAGUCCUUCCGCGCUGGAAGGAUUGGAACAGAUGCUCAAUUAUGCGAUAUCAAUAAGCACGAAGCAGAUUCCAUCUUCAGGUGCAGUUGUACCGGAAAACAUAGCUUCUGACACCGAAUCGACAGUGGAUAGUGUGAAAAGCAAAAGGAACUUCAGGAUAGAAUCUAUACCUAGUAUUAACAAUCUCGUGGAAGGUAGAGGUCCGAAAAUUAAUAUUUCUACGAAAACUGAUAUGAUUGUUAAAGCUAUAGAAGAAACUCAACAAAAUCUAGAUAUUUAUAUUAAAAAAUCUUUGAGAACAAAAAGAAAUUUGAGAUCCGAGCUACAGGAAUACGGUAUAAGAGAAAAUGAUAUAACGGAAUCCAGAAAUUCCUUUGAAUUUAAUAUCGUUACCCAUGGUGUUGACCCCUUGACACAAAGGAUACCCGCUGAGAAGUGGAUUAGGUUUAUGGAAGAAUGGCUGAAGAGCUCGGCGUUGAUAAUGGAAAAAUUGCGACUAAGAACGGCGUCUUUGAGAAUUCAAUACAAAAAAGUUUCUGCAGUUUUGAUACAACGACAAGAAUUGGGUAAAAACGUUCAUGCGGUGGAUUUCGAUCAGCUAGAAAUAGAUAAUAAUCAUUUACAAGAAAAAAUCGAGCAAAACCAGAUCCAUCUGUUAGAAAUGAAAAAAAUGAACGGUGGAGCAAAUUUGGUUUUGACCAAACACAAAAAGUACCUUUUACGACAACAAAUGGAUUUCAAUAAACUUCAAAGAGACAUAGAGCAAAAAGAGAAACAAAUAGAAGAGCUGGACGAAGAAUACGUUAAAGUGGAAGCGGAAAAAGAAGUGGCCAAAGAAAAAUUUAUGCGUUUCAAAGAUUUCAAAGAUAAAUACAGGGUUCCAGAUGUGAUGGAAUAUGUUGUGUUGAAAAAAGAAGUCGACGAAUUAAGGAAAAAUAUAAAAAUCUUGCAAAGAAGAAAGAAUAUUCAAGAUAUUAGCUUGAAUGCUUCUAUUAGGCAGAUGAAGAAUUUAACUGGAUCGGCAGUAGUUGACCCUUCUUGGUUAGAAGAUCCCCCACCAGAAAUAGAAGACGAAUGGCUGUAA